AUGCAAUCUCAUAGUCUUCCAACAGAAAUACUUGCACCAAUAUUUAAACUACUUCAUAAGUCUUCCUUAUAUCCUUGUUUAUCUGUAUGUAAACAAUGGCAUAGAAUUGCAGCACAUCUCUAUUUUGGGAAGCUACAAUUGACAGGAGAAAAUAUUAAAAGGCUACACUUAAUAUUAUCCAAUACACAAGGAAAUCAACUCUUUAGUUGGGGUCCUCUUGUUAAUGAGCUCAAAAUUAGUUAUGAUGAAAAGGAAACUCCAGGAAUAAACUUAAAAGUUUGGCACAGUGAAGAUGAAGAAAACGACUAUAGACUAUCUAAAGAUGAAUUUAUUACAUUAGUGUCUAAUUUUACUAAUGUCAAGAAAAUUGAUUUAUCUGAAAGUAAACACUUUCGACAUUAUAUAAACCUUUUACGUGAAGUCCAUAAUCUCCAUCAGUUGGCAGAGAUCCCUAAAGGCGGUAACGGCAUGAAUCAUCUAGAGUACUAUUUAACGUGUCAUCAUUUUCGCAACACGCUUACCCAUCUGUUCUUUUAUUAUUAUAAAUCAAACUGUGUCAUCAAUAAUAAUAUCAGUUGUAUUAGUCUUUUACCUGAAUUUAAGCAUUUAACACAUCUGAGUUUUCAAAAUAAUUACGAUACGAGACUGACUCUAUUUGAUAUAUUGACCAUCUGUCCCAAUUUAAUAACUCUUGCCUACAUAAGUAACUUUGAUGUAUCUGAUAACUAUAUGAAUCAAUCAAUGAACAAGCUUAUCAACCCUUAUAACAAAAUAGAAAAUAAGAACUUGCGAAAACUGGAUCUUGCUGCUCCAUCCAUCAUUACUUCUUAUAUUAAUUAUAUCACAAAGUACAGUCCAGCAGGUUUAGAGACCAUAAAUAUUCGUCUGAUGGAAGAUGAUUUAUUUGACUGGUUUGAAGAAGAAGGGAUAGAGCCUAUCAUUAAGCUAGGUCAAAGAAUGAGUCUUGUUAAGAAUUUAUCUAUCUAUGCUAAUCCUGAAUAUGCUAAAGAAAUAAAUGAGGAAAUAGAAGAAGAUGCAGAUACAAAAAUAACCCAGUUUUACAGAUUCAUAGAUGCCUUAAAGGGGGAUAGACAACUACUCUAUUGCUCUUGUACUUAUUCAGAAUAUAAAAAUGGUCAAAAUUUAAUUUCUAUUGUGGAUGACAAGUAUCUGCGAUUUCAUUAUGGUAUGAGCUAUGCCGAUUUCCCUUUGGACAUGGACAGAAAUAAUGAAGAAUGGAGAGCUGAUCCCUUUCGUCCUUUAUUUCUGCCUGACACACUAGUAUCAAGAACUGGAUUAGAAAUGAUGGAUGAUUUCACGUUUUAUAUACUUGAAAAGGAAUUAUAUCAAAUUCCUAUAGCUUUAUUACAAUAUGUUUUCAAUAACUGUCCAUACCUCUCGUUUAUGGAAAUACGUUGUAUGAAUGCUGAUCUGGAGUUCGUUGCUGGUAUUAAACAAACCCCUCCUCCUCAUCAUCAUCAUCAUAACAACGCGUUUAGUAGAAAGAAAACGACACAAGAAAACAUAACGCGUAUUAAAUUAACAGGAUGUGUGGGACUCUCAAGUGAACUCGCAUAUACGUUAUCUACUUGCUUACCUAAUAUUGAACAGAUCAUGCUUAAUAAAGGAUACAUCAACAAAAAUCAUCAUAGUUAUCGGAUCACUAAGCGCUACACUGUGAAUUUAAACUAUUUCACAUGUUUGCAUACUCUAUACUAUGAACUUAACGAUGAAGUAGAAUUUAAAAAUGAUCAAGUAUUUAUAGAAUUCUUAUACGAUGAUGAGGAUGAAAGCAGAAAUAGCUGUUUCGAACUCAUUAAAACAGAGAAAAUGACAUAUAAAGUUGAAGAAUGUACGAUUGCUAGCAGAAAUGAAAGGGAUCCUGAAAAGACAUGUGUAGUUACUAUUAAAUGCAAAAGAGCUCUAGACAAAGUCAUUAUCUAUAGCGAUUGCUUUUUUAUAUUUCAAUUAUAUUCUGGUAAAUUGGGAUUUGUAAAGCAAGGUUCCGUAAACCAUUUUGGUUUUAUAAGAGGUAGAGAACCAGUUGAAAAAAUAUUUACUGAUAAAAGUGAUAGUGACGAUUAA